AUGUCGACGACGGAGCGAGAAGUAGUUUGCGUCACCGGCGCUAGUGGCUGCAUCGGAUCGUGGCUAGUCCACCUGCUCCUCCACCGCGGCUACUCCGUUCACGCCACCGUGAAAAACCUCCAGGACGAGAAAGAGACGAAACAUCUAGAAGCUCUCGAAGGUGCGGCCACGCGCCUCCAUCUAUUCGAGAUGGAUCUCCUCCAAUACGAAACCGUUUCCGCCGCCGUCAACGGAUGCUCCGGCGUAUUCCACCUCGCAUCGCCCUGUAUCGUCGACGAAGUCCAAGAUCCACAGAAGCAACUACUGGACCCGGCGGUUAAAGGGACCUUAAAUGUACUAACGGCGGCGAAAGAAUCCGGCAUUAAGAGGGUUGUUGUGACGUCAUCGAUAUCAGCGAUAACCCCAAGCCCCAAUUGGCCUGCGGAUAAGAUCAAGAACGAGGAAUGUUGGGCUGAUCAAGAAUACUGCAAGCAAAAUGGAUUGUGGUAUCCAUUGUCGAAGACGCUUGCUGAGAAAGCAGCUUGGGAGUUUGCAGAGGAAAAGGGACUAGAUGUGGUUGUGGUGAAUCCAGGAACUGUCAUGGGACCUGUGAUUCCUCCAACCCUUAACGCGAGUAUGCUCAUGCUUCUACGUCUCCUUGAGGGGUGUACAGAGACAUAUGAGAACUUCUUCAUGGGUUCUGUGCAUUUCAAGGACGUUGCUUUAGCACAUAUUCUUGUCUACGAGAACCCAUCUGCAAAAGGAAGACACUUGUGCGUCGAGGCAAUCUCUCACUACGGUGAUUUUGUAGCCAAAGUAGCUGAGCUUUAUCCCAAUUACAAUGUCCCAAAGUUACCGAGAGACACUCAACUGGGUUUACUGCGAGCAAAGAACGGAGCAAAGAAGCUGAUGGAAUUGGGAUUAGAGUUCAGUUCCAUGGAAGAAAUCAUCAAGGAAGGUGUGGAGAGUCUUAAAAGCAAAGGAUUUAUCUCUUAA